GUUUGCCAGAUCUGGUUCCUGAUCCUAACUAUGUCCAAGCUUCCACAUAUAUCCAGAGAGCCCACAUGUACUCUCUUCGCUGUGCUGCAGAGGAAAAAUGUCUGUCAAGCUCUGCCUACAGCCCUGAGACCUCUGACUAUGAUGUAAGGGUCCUGCUGCGAUUUCCACAGAGGGUGAAGAAUAAGGGCACAGCCGACUUCAUGCCUAACAGGCCGCGUCAUACCUGGGAAUGGCACAGCUGUCAUCAGCAUUAUCACAGUAUGGAUGAGUUCAGCCAUUAUGAUUUGCUCGAGGUCAGUACUGGUCGUAAAGUGGCAGAGGGACACAAGGCCAGUUUCUGUCUGGAGGACACCACCUGUGACUUUGGUCACCUGAAGCGUUAUGCCUGCACAGCUCACACUCAGGGUUUGAGUCCAGGCUGCUACGAUACAUACAACGCUGAUAUUGACUGCCAGUGGAUCGAUAUCACUGAUGUCAAACCUGGAAACUACAUACUAAAGCUUCAAGUUAAUCCCAAAUUUUUGGUGCUGGAAUCUGACUACACCAACAACGUGGUUAAGUGUAACAUUCAUUACACGGGACGAUUUGUUACGACAAACAACUGCAAGUUAUCACAGUCCUGAUCCAGCACUGAAGAUUGCCACAUUGGAAUGACCCUGUAUACUAUUCCAUCGAGAUGUGAAUGGAAUCUAUUUGUUUUGGUUCAUUGUUAGUGUUGUUUGUUUUCAUGUGUUGCAUUAUGGGAUCCUGAGCCAACAGCAAACAAGAGUUCCUCUGACACAUUAAAUACAGAGGUUUAAAGUAAACACAAGUCUCCUUACACAACCUGUAAUGGAUAUUAGACAUCACUAUCCCAGCAACAGUUCAUGGUUCUGCCUUCUAUAUUCGACUUUGAAAUGUCUUGAAAUAUUUGCUCUUAUUACAUGCAUUUUUGUUUCCACAUCACUGGCUUUUAAAAAAGUAGUGUUUACUGUAUAUCCAAACAGAUGAGUCUGAGUUCAGCUGUAAUCUAACAAAUAAAAUUAGGGAGAAAGUCCUGCAUUACAUCUGUAUCUGGUUUCUGUAUCUAUAAAUGUGGGAACAGAUAGAGAUGUCCAGUGACCCAGAAGAACUAUAAUUYGUCAUUUUGUUUUCUCUCCUCACUGCCUCGGCGGGUCGAGCUUAGAUACUGUGAUUUUUCCAGGUCCAUCUUGUUCAAUAUUGUGUUAACAGCAAGAGGAAGAUGGCAGGUCAUAGUUGCAGUUGUCAGUAUCAAAUUGUAAGCCACCAGAAAUGACAGACYAUCAGUAAUGGACACUAUAAACUCUGCAUUUUAGCAUGCUG